UCGCAUAUUCGAUUUAUAAACUUGUUCUUGAUGUAACCCAAAGCUGAAAGAAUCUUUCAACACUUGUCGUACAACCAUAAAAUCAAUACAAAUUAAGGGUACAUUGAAAUUAGUUUAAUUGCUAUGUUUUGAAAAUAAUUAGAAAUAGGAAAUGACAUUUUACUAUGAUAUAGUAUUCAAAAUCAAGCAACAAAUGAGUUGUAGUUUAAUGGAAAUUAAGUUUGUUAAUAAUAAUAGUGCUCUAGGUUUGAAUUACCCAACCUAUCACUUAUAUUCCCAUACACAAAUUUAAAAAAUAACAUUAGAAUAAUCAUUUUUUUUUCCAAAUUUCAGGGAUGUCCCUUACUACCAAUUAUAAAUUUUUUACCGAUAUGUAAAUUAUUACCAUGAGUUGAAUAAUCGUUUCCCCAAAAUUUAGGGGUGUCCCUCCGUGCGUCCGCUCCUGUAUACAGGUACCUAGCCCUCUUUCUGGAACAUUAUUCUCAACCAACAUGAGACUUAUAGGGUGAAACGUGCUAGCAUAGUGACAAUAUAGCUUGGACUAUUUUCUGAUGGUUUAUGCUGAUGUUUGUUUCAAUUUCACCUCUAUUUAUGUUGACAGGUUUCCCUGUUCUUGGGAUUGAGUGGCAGAAGAUGGAAAAUCCUGAUUUGAGGGUAGCAAUGGGGAUGGCAUCUGAUCAGAAGGGUGUCCGUAUUAGAAGAAUUGAGCCAACUGCUUCAGAAUCUUAAGUCUUAAAGUCAUAUCUGAUAUUCUCCUUAGCUUCGAUGGGGUAAAGAUAGCAAAUGAUGGAACAAGGAAUUGUGAAGAACCUGAAGAGCUUGACGAACAUGGUGGAAAGCUGCAAGGAUGAGUAUUUGAAGUUUGAGUUAGAAUACCAACAGGCAAUGGUUGUAAAAACAGAGACGGCGAAGGCAGCAACAUUAGAUAUCCUUGCAAUGAAAGAGAAAAGCUGUGAAAUUUGGCUUUCGGGUUCCUCUCAAGUUUUGAACUUUGGUUGUACAUCUCCAGAGAAAGUCAUGGUAAACAAUGAUGUUGGUAUGUACCAUUCAUCCCCUCCCUUUUCUUUUGCCUAGGAAGCUGGGAUAGUUACUCUGGGGCCUAGGUGGUGUUAAUUGUUUCUGUAGCCACUGUCUUUUUAGAAUGCGGAUGAGAUACAUGACUGAUUGAGAUAGUACCUUAUGUUGUUCACAUCUCUACAGAGGAAAAGAGAAUUGGAUUUGACGGUGAGUUAUCAUGUUUGAUGAAAGAUUUUUGUUCUUAUGAACUCUUUGUUCUGGAAACCUGCUUCCAAUUUCCUGUCCACUACUUGAGCUUUAGCUCCAAACUGGAAUGAAAUGUUGGAAUUCAC